CCACCUGGGGUAUCGGGCACGGAAAAUGGUUUUGCUAUAAAACCUCUUUGCGGCACGAAAUUCACUUUUGUUUUCGUGCAUUUGUCCAUUGGAAAAUAUCCCAUCCGUGGGAUCCAUCGCGAGUCUCAGUGCCGUUCAUCUCAAAUAUAACAAAAGAUUUAAAUAAUUUUUCCACAAAGAUGAAAAUUGCAAUUUUUGUGGUGCUGUGCAGCAUUGCUGCCUGCCUAGCUGAACCUAAACCCGCAAUCAAUGAAAUUCGGCAACAACAGAGCAAACCCGGACGGUUUUUGUCCCUGCCUGAAGCACAGAAAUGUGCAAAUCGUCCCAAGCAGUUCAACUACAAGGGUCACAAUUACUUCUUCUCUGGGCAUGUGCCAGCACUUGAAAACAAGAAAUAUGACUGGUUGGAUGGACGCAAUCUCUGCCGUGAAUAUUGCAUGGAUUUGGUGUCAAUGGAGACUCAGGAAGAGAACAAUCUGAUCUUCAGACUCAUCCAGACCAACGAUGUACCCUACAUCUGGACCUCUGGUCGUCUCUGUGACUUCAAGGGAUGCGAAGGACGUGCUGAUCUUGAGCCAAAGAACAUCUUCGGAUGGUUCUGGUCGGCCAAUCGUGAGAAGAUUCAGCCCACAAAUCAAAUCCCACAGGGCUGGGGAUACAAUCCAUGGAGCCGAACUGGUCACAAGAAGCAACCCCAACCCGACAAUGCCGAAUUCGACAUCAACCAGACCAGCGAAUCCUGCCUCUCUGUCCUCAACAAUGUCUACAACGACGGAAUUGCGUGGCAUGAUGUUGCCUGCUACCACGAGAAGCCCGUAGUCUGUGAGGACAAUGAGGAACUCCUCAACUACGUAGCAGCUACAAAUCCGGGAAUUCGUCUCUAAAGACACCCAGCUGCCCUCUCCCUCCUCCACCCCCCAAUCCUCCUCUUAUGAACUACAAUAGUUUCAGUAAUUUUAAUUAUUUUUAAAUUCUUAGUGUUUGUUUUUUUUCUUAUAACGCAAACAAUUAUGAUCUGAUUGCAUCAUAUCUGACCUCUCCACUAUUUUUCUUCCCUAUUCACCUUGACCUUCUACGCUAAAGAAUCAGUUUUAUCUCUGGAAUUUGUAGAUAUGGCAAAAUUACUAUAAUUACACAAAAAUACCGGAAGAAAAAAAAUGUUCUCCACAGAAAUGUGUUUGUAAACUAUUUCGAUGAUCUUCAACUGAGACAUCUUACUGUAAUACUGUGAAUAUUUAUUAAUUUUUACCUAACAAAAUAUACUCUUCUAAAAUAAAA